ACCUUUAUUUGUCUAUUUAAAUAACCUAUAUUUGUCUCUUUAAAUAACCUUUACACGUCAGGAUGAUCUCAAAGUUCAGCAUUGAAAUCAGCAAGAAGGAGGAGAGAAGAGGACUGUUUGGUAAAAAAUCAACACCCAAAUAUCCUGAACCAGACACGGCUACUGACGUUCAGGGUUGGGGUGAAGACGAGUUUGAUGAUGAAGAGUUUGACGAUGACUAUGAGAGUCCGUUCAGCGGUGAUGAAGAGGGCAGCGGCGGAGAUUACGAGUCUCCAAACGAAGACCAGGACGGGGCCAACGACUACGAGCCCCCCCCCACUGAACCUCCAGAGGACCUGGUCCACAAGCUGUGCCCCACCCUGCCCAUCGCAGACAGCGACUACAUCGACAGCCAUGUGACAUCCAGAGGCCCGCCCCCUAUUGUGAGUCCCCGCCCCCCAGCCUCCACCCUGUCUGCACCGUCUCCCCGGAUGCCAGCAGAGUCCUCCUCCUCCUCCUCCUUCAGGAGAGACCGAUCCCCAAACUGUCGGGGAGGAAAAUCUACUCCGGGGCCGCCGCAGAUCUUUCGCGGCAACAAACCGGGCCGAGAUUCAGGAUCCAACCCGUCUCCCGUCAGAGGAACUCAUCACAACUCAGUGGAGAAGGCCAUCCCACCUUCUCGUAGGCCUCAGCUCGACUCACCCGAUCCUCCCACCUGGUCCAAACCUCCACCUGUCCUCCCUCCGUCCUCCACCUCCGUCAGCAGGAGCAACUCCUCCUCCAGACCUCCUGCCAACAGGUUUGAUGUGAGGAGAGAGCAAACACAAAAUGAAGCUCCUAAACACAACACCUUCCCCCUCCAAACUAAAAGUCUACCCCCCCGCCCUGGACUCCCUGGACUCCCCGGACUCCCUUCACAUCAAGGAGACAGUCUGCCUCCCAGUGUUCCCUCCGCAGGAUCUCUGCCUCACAAACUGCAGUCUGCGCUGGCCGGACAAAGGAUCAGCUUUGUAGCAUCGGACCGUCAGUCGUUUCGUCCGUCUCCGCCUGCGACAGCAAACACACAGGAGCUGGACCCUCGCUGGUAUGUGGGCAAAGUAACCCGCGGUCAGGCCGAGGGGUGUCUGAAACGAGUCAACAAGGACGGAGCGUAUCUGGUGAGGGACAGCACCCGGCAGCAGAACAACCAGCCCUUCACCCUGAUGGUCCUCUACCAGGACAAGGUCUACAACAUCCAGAUCAGACAGCACAACCACAACUUCCUGCUGGGAACCGGGCUCAAAGCCCAGGAGGUAAAAACAUGCAGGUCACCAGGACCAGCGUCCAAUCACAGCGCUGCUACACUAACUAUAUGGUGACAGCAGCUGUGUGUGUCAGAGCCCCUAGUGGACACGAGAGGAAGUGCAGCUAGAUUAGUACUAAUACUACACAGUAUAAAUAUACUCUAUUACUGUGAUAGUAUUAAUACUACACAGUAUAAAUAUACUCUGUUACUCUGAAAGUACUAAUACUGCACAGUAUAAAUAUACUCUGUUACUGUGAAAGUACUAAUACUACACAGUAUAAAUAUACUCUAUUACUGUGA